GUAUAAAAGAGCCCUCCCCUGCACCGCGCUGUCACUGCUCCUGCCUGCUCCGUCCCGCACAGCACCGUCCAUAGACGUCAGCCCCAGCAAAAUGAAAACCGACCUGGAGCUCGCCUUGGAGUGCGCCAUCAACAUCUACCACCAGUAUGCCAUAAAGAACCCCAUCGAUGACUACCUGGACAAGUCUGAGUUCUCGCAGCUGCUGAAGGAGACUGCCAAGCCCUUCCUCCACAACACCAUGCCGCCCAACAUGUCUGCUGAUGAGUACAUAAGCAAGCUCUUUGCCAAAGCCGACAGCAACCAUGAUGGUCGCCUCAAGUUCACCGAGUUCCUGACCACGCUGAAUCUUGUAGUCAUUGAUGCCCACAAUAGGUCCCAUGGGAGACACGACCACCAUCAUGAUGCCAGUCAUGGCCAUGAUCAUGGCCACGACCAUGGCCAUGACCAUGGCCACGACCAUGGCCACGGUCCCAGAAAGUGAAGUGCUUCCCAGAGUGACUGAGCCCAUGGGAUUGUGCUUUUCCAGCAGCAUCAUCCCUUCCAUUUGCCCAUCAGCACAAACCUGUAACCAAAGCUUCUGCCUAUGUCAUUGAAAUAAAAUGUCUUUCUUCAAGCACCAAA